CAUCAACAGCUUGCCCGGUAAAAUAAUGACCUAUCAUGCCGCAUCAGUAUUGCUUACAAUUUACCUCACCUUCACCAUCUGCCCGUACGCCCAGUUUGGCAUCGGACCGUGCGUCCUUGCCAUACCGACCAAUGCCGAACCACCGAAGGAAAUAGUCUACCCCAAAUGUACCGGACCGGGUGAACCGGGACAGUGCCAAACGUUCGACUAUCGGUACCGGUUCGAGCAGACGAUCAACAACUGUACGCAGUUCAUCUGGGGCGGAUGCGGUGGCAAUCUGCAGAACAACUUCGAAACGUACGAACAGUGCAUGCAGCAGUGUGCUAAUGAAACACAAACACCGCAACCGCCCGUCCCACUGACGACCACCGUCGAUCCGUUCUCGUCGAGCGUUCGCACCCAGACGCAGGAAGCUUGGUCGCUGCAUUCGUCCAGCAGUACGCUCGCCCCGGUACCGGACGAGCUGCGUGGUUCGGAGCUUACGUUCAAGGAGACGGGCUACGAGAAAACGUUCAUGUUUGCCAAAAACAACACCUUCAUACAGAUGGAUGGCGAAACCAUACAGACGUUUCAGCUCAGACUUUGCCGUGAGAUAUCGUUCCAGUUUCGGACGCGCUUACCACAUGGGCUGCUCGUGUAUCACAACGUCAAGACGCCCGCCGGUGUGAAGCUCGAUCCGUACGCGCUGUACGUGAUUGUGGAGAAGGGCCAGCUGAAGGUGGUGCACGUGUUCGGUAACCAUUCGACCAGCGUCACCGUCGGCGAGGGUCUUAACCGGGACGAGUGGCACAGUGUCAUGGUGCGGAUCGAUGUGCACGGUGCCCGGCUGAUAGCGCGCGUCGACAACAACAAGGAGGAGGUGUACCUAAAGGGAUUAAAUCACGAAACCAAUUACGGCGUAUCCAUCAAUCUGAUGUCGGUCGUGCUAGUUGGUGGACUCAGCUCGGAGGAAAAACUGCACGGUGUAAAAUACAUAAUUGAGUCAUUUGUCGGCUGCAUACGGAACGUGGUGCUGAGCUCGGGCAAGGCAGCGUCCGACCUGCUCCCAAUAACGCCCCUCAUCGCUACCAAGCACGAAAACGUAAAGGAAGGCUGCCGGAACAAAUGUCACUCGAGGCAGAACCUUUGCUUCACCGGUUCACGGUGCAUUAAUCACUACUAUGACAUAUCGUGCGAUUGUUUCGGUACCCGUUACGAGGGUGAACACUGUGACAUCUACACCGCAACAGUAUUAACCCUGCGAGGAUCCAGCUACGUGUCGUACCGUAUCUACGACUGGAAGGAUCGGGUACACUCUCCACUAACCCGUAUCAGCAUGAUGUUCAAGACGAACUAUGACGAUUCGGCCCUCUUCUACGCGAGUGGUGAAUCGCUCAAACCACAGUACAUAGCAGCCUCCAUCAAGAACCAUUCGGCGUACAUCGAGAUGGACUUUGGCGAUGGUGUUAUGAGCGCAACCUUGGGACAAGACCUUACACGCCACUACUGGCACAACCUAACGAUUCUCCACGAGCACGAUAAGGUCAUCGCAAUCCUAGACGAUCAUAUACGCAUUCUAGACCUGCUGGGGCCGAUUCACAAUUUGCUGUUCGAUCCGGAGAUCUACUUUGGCGGUGGCCCUAACCUAAGCAAGCGGAAAGGUUUAGCAUCGAGCAACAACUUUGUCGGUUCGCUCAAGUACGUCUUCUACAACGAUGUGUCGGUACUGUUCGAGCUGAAGAAAGGUAACCCCAAGGUGCACUACAUCGGUGUGCUGGAGGAAGAAUUCUUCGAAGCGAAUGUGGAGGUAAUACCGAUCACCUUCUCGUACGCCAAGUCACACAUCUGGUGGCCGAUGAACAAUCCCGACACACUGUCGCUCAAGUUUGACUUCAAGAGCAGCAAGGCAACGGCUGUGCUCGCGUACAGUGAGGUGAAAACAAGCGAGGGCCACGGAUUCUGGGAGCUACGUUUGGCAACAGAUCGGCUCAGCUUUGACCUUUGUCCGGACGUGAAGAGCAACGUAACCCACACCACCUACAUACGCAUCGAAAAUCCAACCUCCUGGCAUUCGAUUCAGCUAACGUACGAAGGGCGCGACAUCAAGUUCGUCGUCGACUAUCGUCACUCGGUAACGCAAAUGUAUGGACUGUCGUUCAACAUCGGCGACAAACUCAUCAUCGGCAGCAGCCUGAAAGCGGCCGCAUCCGGGCUGGUAGGAUGCCUGCGUGAUCUUAAAAUAAAUGGUGUAGAAAUUGAGCCACGCUAUCUCGUAAAGAGCGAACGCGUUGUGGGUGAUGUUUCGCUGGACAACUGUAAGUACGUUGAUCCGUGCAAAAAACCAAACACCUGCGAGCAUGGUGGCAAGUGUGCGGUAAAGGACGAUGGCAUCAUUUGCGACUGUAAGGACACGGGAUACAUUGGCAAGAACUGUCACUUUACCAAGUUCCGCAAAACCUGCGAAGAGCUGGCACUGCUCGGAUACUCCAAAUCGGACGUCUACUCGAUCGAUAUCGAUGGCAAUGGGGUGUUUCCACCGGCGCGCGUCAAGUGUGACUUUCAGAGUUUGGCAAACGCGACCAAAACGAUAGUGGAGCACAAUUUACCGUCACAGGUGGAUGUGCGUUCGGCUUCGGAUGAGGAUUUCAGCUUCAACAUACAGUACCGCGAGUUUAGUGCUGAGAUGCUGCAGGAGCUCAUAUCGCACUCACUCUACUGCACCCAGUACAUCAAGUACGAUUGCAUUAAGGCACCGCUAGAGCUACAUUCUUCGACCUGGUUUAAGUCAUCCAGCAAUAACAACACGGUGGAUUCCCUUGGAGAAGUUAAAAGAGGUACGUGUCCGUGUGCGAUUAGCAAAAACUGCGAAGAUGACAAACAUUCCUGCAACUGUGAUGCGAACCUUAAUCGCUGGCUAUCGGACGAAGGAUAUUACAAGGAGCCACCGAAUCUCGGCAUUACGCAAAUGUACUUCCUGCAGCAGAAGAAUCUGGACGAGGAGUCCCAGGGCCGGAUUACUCUCGGUCCGCUAGAGUGUGUAGAAACGAACACUCAAAAGUACGUCGUCACAUUUACCACAUCCCAAUCGUACAUCGAGGUACCCGGAUGGCGUAAAGGUGACAUUGCCUUCUCGUUCCGCACAACUGGUGAAAAAGCUAUCCUGCUCUUCCAGCCACCGAUUCGUUCCAACUAUCCCUCGUUCAUGGUGGCCCUAACUGGGGACUAUCAGCUAACGUUUAACUUUACGCUUAACACUGGCACACCAAAGACGCUCGUGAUCGACACGAACAGGAAACUCAACGGUGGUGAAUGGCACAAGAUCUGGAUCGAUUACAAUGAGCAUCAUGUGCGGUUUAUGAUCAACACCGAUACACGCAUGGUCGAUCUGCAGCCCGAGGAAGAGUUUGGUCCUUUUGAGGGCAGUAUGUUUAUUGGAGGUGCUCCCACAGAAAUCUCCAAAAAGUACACCGUCAAGCAAGGACUGAUCGGCUGUUUCCGAGGUCUUGUCGUGAACGGAGAAAUUCUUGACAUCUACAGCUUCAUGUCGGUACACCUGUCGGAGAUCAUUAAAGACUGUAAACCGUCCUGCGUUCCGAAUCCUUGCAAGAACGGAGCUUACUGUCGGGAGCUUUGGAGCACGUUCGAGUGUGUGUGCCAGAAUCGGUGGGCCCAUUUAGGACAGCAUUGUGAAACGAACAUCAACGAAGAUGCCCUUACAUUCAUCAGCCGUGAGUCGUACUUGAAGCGGAACUAUCUUUCCGAUCCGGAGGACAUGCGGGACGAACGGGAGAAACUACGUGCCAUUCUGAACUCCUCGUUGCUGGUUAACCUCCGCACCUAUGAUAGGCAUGCGUUCGUGCUGUACGCAAACGAUCACUACAACAACUUCAUCCACCUAUAUCUGACCAACCGCAGUGAAGUCGUUUACCUGUACAAUUAUGGUAGUGAUAUCGUUAAUCUGACCAUCGAACAUAGUGAGCUGCACAACGCACGCAGCAUUCAGGUGGCAGUGAUACGUACCGAAGCGAACACAACGCUGUACGUCAACGAAAAGAAUGUUACGAUCGAGCGUGGAUUUCUGCUGCUUAAUGAGUACUCCAACAAACCGUGGACGAAUCCGGAACAAGAGGUUCUUUCGCCUCAUCGACCGCCGGCACCUCCGACGGAGUACUUCCAAUUUAACAUUGGUGGUUACGAUCCGGCAAAUCUAUUGCGCCCGAAUCAGGAUACGGCAGAGUUGGAAGGAUAUAUUGGUUGUAUUCGAGGUCUCAAGAUUGGUGAGAAUCUGAUCUCGCUACGUGAAAUGGCCACCCAGAAUAAUGCACAUGUUACCGAGGGUGUGCUGAACGGAUGCCAGAUGAAGUGUGACGCUGAGCCGUGCAAAAACGGUGGCAUCUGUACGGAGAACUUUGUGCGUCAGGAAAGCACCUGCAACUGCGAGCACACCAGCUUUCUGGGCGAAUUCUGCUCCGAGGAAAAGGGUGCCAGCUUCAGCGGGGAGGCCACCCUGUUGCGUCGGUUAACGCUGGCCGAGAGCGUCGGUACGGUGCGGUUACAGCUGGCCUUUUCCAGCCACGAUAUGCGACGGGCGAAUCGUGUGAUGCUGUUGCUGCAGUCGCGCAACGACCGUAGCUACUAUCUGCUGGUGGCCAUUACCGCGGACAACCAUCUGUACAUCGAGGAGGACCGGGAGGGCGCGACGUACGCGGCACGCAUCGAGGGCAACUUUAUGGAUGAUGCGCGCCAUUCGGUGUACUACACGCGGCACGGUGACGAUGCAUCGCUGCUGGUCGACCGGGCCCAGAUACUGAUCAAGCCCGUACCGAAUAAGCCGCUCGUGCCGGUAUCGGAUGCCGGUGCCAAUCACGUUCAGAUCGGUGGCGUUAAUACGACCGAUCCACGGUUUGCCGUGUACAAAAGCUACGACGGCUGUCUGUCAAAUAUCUUCAUUCAGGUCAAUAAUGAAACGAUGAAACCGUUGGAGGAGUACAUGCUGUUCACGAAGAGCGAAGCGGCAACCAUUACCGUCAUCAACUCGCAGGGCGUACGGUCCGCCCAGUGCAAGCAGUUCGAUGUCAUCCAGAAGCUGACGCCUUUCAACGAACCGGCACUCAAUAUGACUUCGAUUAUCGAUAAGAACUGGGUCGUCGAUGCACCGACACGCCUACCGUACAAAGCGGUCUACUUUGACCCAUCGACCAAGGAGGAAAAAACGCAAGUCGUGUUCAUCACGCUGACGGCCAUCUUUGUAAUCAUCGUGGUGUGCUGCUUGAUUGAGGUGUACCGGUCCGACCGGGAGUACCGUAAGCGCAUCGAACGUCAGACGGAUGAGGAUAUCAUCUGGUCGAAGGAGCAGGCAGCCAAAAUGCAAAACGAAUCAUCAACCAACGUGAAAGGAUUCUCUUACAAAUCGAUCCCUAGCGAUGAGAAGAAGGAUAAUGGAACGAAGCCUUUGGUGGGCAUCCUGAAGAAUGGUAGUGUGACAGCACCGUCCGAAAAGGCGGAAACGCCACCGAUCAGCACAGAAACUGGUGGCAUUCGUGACAGUCAACUGCUUGACCACGAACUGCAGUGGGAAUCGCUGGCUGCGGAAGAGAACGAAUCGCUCCUGAAGCAGAACGAUCCCUCCAAAGACCCUCGGCUGGUGCACGGUAACAGUACUGGGGACGGGAGUCCACGAAAUCGCAUCGCCAACGGUAAUCAUCGCGUGACCGAUCUCGAUCAUCCCGAUCACUCGUCGGUGCCGGAUGAGAACGAGGACAGCGAGCUAACCGACAACCCGGAUGGAAUAGUACGCACCGCACCGCUGUCGGCACCGCACACGGUCCAUCCGGAUCGGAACAUAUCGUUCGCUUCUGCCAUGCCAACGGACGCAGUAGUGCUUGCGCAAAAUGAUGCUUCCGCAGAUGGGACGGCCGCUGACGGUGCAGUGGUCACGCCCGGGUCGUCUUCUUCUCAUGCUUGUCAGCUCGAUAUUACAGGUGCCACCGACAGCCGAAGAGAAGACGGUUCACCAUCAGCAGUAGCCGAAGUAGCUGAACCGAAGCCAUCCUCCACUUCGUCGUUCCGUUGCAAGUACCGGAAGCGGCCACCGAUCUAUCUCGGCCCGGAUCGACGCCAGUUUGCCAAUCCGAUCAGCUAUCUCGGUGGACCGCGGUACGAUCUUACCAAGCGUGGUUCGGUCGCUUCUAGUCAGGGUGAUAGUAUAACUAGCCUCAAUUCGAUCAUGUCCUUAGAUUAGCGGUGGCACA